AAUUUUCCUCACUCAAUAAUUUAAUUUUUAUUUUAUGGUUUCGGAAUGGGGAGGGAGGACCAAACGAGCCUUGUGUGGACGGACUGUCUCUGCCUAUAAGUUUUCUGUUCUACUCUCGCAAUUGCUCUCCCUCCCUAGUCUCUCCCUUCCUUUCUCCGCCCCUCUUUCUUUCCUCCUUCUGGAUUUUUAUCAAAGCUGAAAUUUUCGGGGUUUGUUUAUAAUCUGUGAUUUCUCGAGGUUUCCUCUUCGGGUAUCUAAAUUUCAGAAGCUAUGAAGAAUAGAACCAUAUUGCACUAGGAAGUGACAAAAUUAUAACGUUAUUUUAAUUACAAAAAUUUGUUGAAAUCUAGGUCCUGGUUCAGCAAGAUUAUUUAUGAUAAUGGAUUUCAAAGGAAUAAACUGGGUUGGGAAUUUAUACCAGAAGUUUGAAGCCAUGUGUUUGGAGGUGGAGGAAACUAUGUAUCAGGAUACAGUUAAAUAUGUGGAAAAUCAGGUAAACACGGUUGGUGCUAGUGUUAAAAAGUUCUAUUCGGAUGUAAUGCAAGAUUUGUCUCCAUGUUCAGUUGAUCCUGUGAAAGCCCAAAUGGCUGGUGCAAGUGUUAAAUUGUUUCAGCCAGAUGAACUGCAAGAUAUGCCUCCAUAUGCAAUAGAUUCUGUGAAAGUGGUGGCGUCUAACUUGCCUUUGGAACAGCAUGCUGAUAGUGCCUUCUAUAAAAAACCAAAAGGAGGUGUCGAGGAAGAGGCUACAAUGGCAGACGUCGAGCCAUCAACUGAAAACCCCAACAUGAUUGCCAAUGUUUUUAAAGGAACCAAAGGAAAUCCUAUUAGAAAGAAGAAAUCACCUCCAUUCGAGGUCUCACGGGUAACUACCACUCUGCCAACUGAUUUGAGCACUGCAUCAGCAGUCUAUGAACAGGCCUAUGAAAAUCAUGAAGGGGCAGUUGACCAGAUAGAUACUGCUUCAACCACAGCAUCAGUAGAACCUGAAGAGUAUGACCCUGAAAAAGGAAAAAAUUGUACUGAGAUUGUUGAUGUGACUGAGUGUGUUGCUGAUGCUUCAAUUGAUAGCCCAUCUACUGAUAAGAUUUUCUUGGUUGAAUCUGUUGGGAGCAGGGGAAUGGAGUUGAGAUUUUCCCCUAAUGGUUGCUCUUCGGAAGAAUCUAAUGCCUUUGCAGGUAAACCUGUAAAUGCUGGGCUUGAAUCCAUGACAGGGUCCUCUGUGAUUAGGCUUACACUAGAGGGUGAAUCUGCUCAAGAGGUCUCAAUGUCUUAUCCAGAAAAAUUGGAGAACCUGGGUGCUGAAUCUACUGAGAGUUAUGGAGUUAUUAUGCCUGGAGUCGACCCUGUUGAACUUCUUGAUAAGGUAAAACUCGAGGAAAGCUGUGUUAUGGUUUAUGCUGACAAAUCUUGUUUGGUUUCUCAAAGGGAAAGCAAACGCAGGUCAUACAAGAAAAAGAUUCGGGACACUUUUUCAACAAAGUCGAAGUCAGACAGGAAGCAGGAGUAUGAGCAGCUUGCAGUACAGUAUAGGGAAAUUGAUACGGCAUCUAAACAACAGAGUGCUGACAGUAUGAUGCCACAUCUUACCAUGGUUUCAGACAGGCACAAACUCGAGGCACAUGAUUUCUUUGAAUCUGAGUGGGAGCUUCUCUAGAAGUUAUGUUUACGAGCCUGUGUAAAUAAACAUUUAGCCUAACUGCCUACUUCCAUAGUCUCCCACAUGUUAAUGAUGCUAGUAAAUAAUUUAGGAAAUUGUGAGCCACCAUAUCUGUGGGGGUGUACAUGAUAUCCUUCUAUCCAUAAAUCCACUGAAUUUACAAAUAUGAUGCAAAUCCAUUUACUGUUAAUCCUACUGCAGUCCUUUUCAUGGAA